GGCCGAGCCCCCUGAGCGCGUCACGUGAUUGGCCGCGGCGGCGCGCGAGCCCCUCCCCGCCCGCCACUUCGCCCCAAGAUGGCGCCGGUGGCGGAAGCCCUCGCGCUGCUUCAGGCGCUUCAGGGCCAGGUGGCGGCGGUGACGGAGCACGGGCUGGGGCUGCUGCGCCGCGUGAGGGGCGGGCGGCUGCGGACACAGAAGGGCGUGCCGGUGCUGGGGCUGCGGGCGCAGGUUCUGCUGCAGUACCUGCAGGAUCUGGCGCUGCUUUUGGGGGGCAAAGCCCGGGGGGGGGGUCCCUGGGGGGGGCUGCAGGCCCUGCCCCGCCUCGUCGAGAGCCGCCUGGUGCUGGAGAAGCUCCGUCCAAUCGAGCGACGGCUCCAGUAUCACGUGGAGCGGCUGCUGCGCGCCGGGGGGCGGGCUGACAACGACCCAUUGCGCUUCCGCCCUGACCCCACCAACAUGGCGGCCCAGGAGGAAGAGGAGGAGGAGGCUCCGCAGGGUCCAAAGGCCCCGAACUUAGGGGGCGGCCGCCGCUACGUCCCCCCCCGCCUGGUGCCCGUCCAAUACGACGCCGUGGGGCAGGAGCGGGAGGCGCGGCAGCAGGCGCGGGCUCGCCGCCGGGCCCUGAGCAGCUCGGUGCUGCGGGAGCUGCGCGAGGAGCUGAGCGACGGCCCCGGCGAGGUGGGGGGCGGCUUGGGGGGCCAGACCCACGGCGAGCGCGCCAGGCUGCGCCUGGAGGAGUCGCUGCUGCUGCGGCUCCGGACCCGCCCCGCGCGGCGGGGGAGGGGCGGGGCUCUGGAUGACGUCACGCACUUUGGAGACUCCGCCCCUUUGCUGGGAUCUGCCAAUCAGGAGGCCCCGCCCCCCAAGAAGAAGAAGAAGAGGAAGAUAAAGGCUAAAAGGAGGGGUUUCCGUCGCCGCCGCUGAGCCCCCAAUCACCGCCUGGUAAUUAAUGGUAAUUAAGGUUAGGGGUGGGGCUUAAUGAACUAAUUAAGCUCCACCCCCUCUAAGCUCCGCCCCCUCAUGGGUGAGGGGCAAAUAAAGAGAC